AUAAUGUAAUUAAAAAAAACAUAUUCAUUGAAUGUCAUCUAAAACGUUGAAUAUUAAUAAUAUAAAAAAAUCAAAUAAAAAAAAUAGCAAACGUAUUGAGGAAUGACAAGGAAAUUGUUCAUUUUGCCUUAUAUGAAAAUUGUAUUUUUACUAUUGAUAACUAUUAUGAUACCAUGCUAUUAUGGUUUGAUGUACGGAGGUGAUACAGGCAAAUCUUACUUUGACAUAUACACCGCAAUCGUAGUUGAUAAAUUUCGAGAAGUUAUGAGAAAUGGGAAUGAAACACUUGAAAUUCCAAUUAUGGAUCCCUUUAAACUCGAUCAAUUUGAAUACAACAUUCGAGAAAAGUUUAACAUUGAGGCUCAAGGAUAUCUACAAAAUUUGCAAAUAAACAAAUUGUCCACUUACAAGAUCAUACAAGCAGAAUUUCAUUUAUUUAGAAUAAAAGUUAAUGUACAUUAUAUAUGGGAUUCGAUCGAGUUGAUUACAGAUUAUAAUUUGACGGGAAUUUAUGAACAUUUUUUACCAAUUUAUGGAUUAGGUGAAAUCGAUGCAAUUGUGAAAGGUUUAGACGUAGAAGUGAUCAUGGGACUUUGGAUUAAAAAUGGAUAUUUAUACGUACGAAAUUUACAAUCAGCGAUCAAACUCGAAGAAUUAGACAUCAAAGUAACUGGAUUAUUUAACAACAAACAUAUUUCAAACAUCAUAAGUAUUAUCCUGUCGAAUGUUGCACCACAAUUAGUAGAUAUAUAUCAAGAAGAAUUAACCGAACUAUUGAACACUUCGGCUACAGAUAUUAUUAAUGAUUUACAGAAAAACAACACUUUAUGGGAUUUAAUAUUUAAUUCUUAA